UACUUUCAAUAGUAUCACUGCUUUAAGAGAAUGAAGUGGGUAACCCGAGUAGGGAGAUGCAUUCUGCGGAUGAUAUGCCGUGUAAUAUACGAAUCAGUGUCAAUAGAAGAGAGACACGAAACUAUUAUUAAAAAGCAUAAUGUGUGGAAUGCGCGCGCGUCAUCUUGUAAGCGACAGUUGCAUGUACGUACGCACAGUGUGCUUGCAUCGCGGCAGCGGAAAAUUAAGCUGAAAGAAGAACAGUCGUAAUAACUUGGCGAAGGAAAGAGAAAGUAGAAAAUUCACAGUCAAAUAUAUAUUAACUGUGUUAUAUUAUCUAAAGAAUGGGGAAGAUUGAGCUGAAAGAAGAGGAAUAAAAAUAACGAGAAAAGAAAGGAGAAAGCGAGAAUAAAGGGGUAGAAAGAGAAACGAGGCCCAGGGCCUCAAUGAUCGGAAUGUAAGCUCAUAUCGUCAUUACAAGGAUUUGUAAUCGCGGAUCUGGCGUCGAGAAUCUCUAGUAGUGAUUCUGACUUACGAGAGACCGUUGGUUUAAUGUGCAUUCCGAUAAUUUAGAAAGAUAUGUUUUGAAGAGGAGAAGAUACUAUGCAACCAAAAAACUACGCGAGAAGGCAACAGAGAGUGUUGCGAUCUUCGUGGAUCGUGCCUCUUGUGUAUCUCUUGCUUCCAGGGUCGCUUACAUUUGGUUUUCAACUAAAAACAGCGGGUGUCGUGAUGAGAGAUAUGGCAAAGGAUGUAGUGGAUCUAAUUGAAGCCACAAGGAUGCAUGAGCAACUUUACGGAGUAACGACGACACAAAAUCGUUGUGGAGAUGGCAUGAUCGCAUAUGACAUUACGGAAAACGCGAUGUUGAUGGUUCAUACUAAUACACUAUUUCCGUCCGGCAUACCGCAGGAUUUUUCCAUUUUGGUCGUCGCAAAGCCAAAAGCUAAUUACUCGAUGCCGAUACUCUUUACUAUCUAUGGCGAUAUUGGCGAAGAACAACUGGUUCUUUCAUUGGGGCGCAAUAUCAGCUUUCUCUACAAUACAAAUGCGGAGGAAAAGGACGAUGCAAUUUCAUUCGGCGUCGAUAUCUCCGAUGGGGAAUGGCAUCGGUUAGGAAUUAGUAUUAAGGGUGACGCCGUUACCAUUAUUCUCGAUUGUGAUAGACAUAUCACGAAGAAGCUGCAAAGAAGUCGCGAAAAAACAAUCACCGGCAUCUUCAUGAUUGGGCAGCUUAGUGGUGGUUUAUAUCUGGGAAGUCUCGAGAUGCUGAAGAUCGCUCCAAAUCCAGACGCUGCUUAUGAGAUCUGCACGGUAUUUGCGCCAGACUGUAAACAUCAAUUAAAAGACAGGCUGAAUUAUAAUGCAUCAUCGAGUGGGAAUGAAGAUGAUGACGAAAAAGGGAACGAGAAUGACUCGAACACAGAUGAUUUAACUAACACAUUAAGCUCAACUAUUAAUAUUUCCACGUUUUACGAAGCAGAAAUGAUGAGGAGUGCAAGUAUGUAUGAAACGGAAUCAAAUAAUCAACAAUAUUACGGCGAGUCGACAAUUGAUCCUUACAACGAAGAAUACAUACGUACUUUUUCAAUGCAUCCUAAUAAAAUGUAUUAUAAUGCUCGAGGUCCACCAGGUCCUCGUGGAUUUCCGGGACCGCCAGGAAUACCAGGAUCUCCAGGCAAGAAAGGCGAAUUCGGUAGAGAUGGAUUGGCUGGAUUGCCGGGUGUAGUCGGUCCACCGGGUAACGUUUUUGUAAUACCCUUGUUAAGUCAACAGAGCAACGAAAAGGGACCAGACUCCCAAGUAGAACUGAUAAACCAGAUAUUAUCGCAACACAUGCUUGCAAUGAGAGGUAUAGAGGGACCGAUGGGACUCACGGGCAUCCCGGGACCGGAUGGACUUCCUGGACCUCAAGGUGAAAAGGGAGAACUCGGUGAUAUUGGUGAACCUGGAACUAGAGGGGAGAGAGGAAGUCCCGGAGAUUCUGGCAGAGAAGGCAGGAGGGGUCGUCCUGGCAGAGACGGUGAGCGCGGUCUUACUGGACCUCCGGGAAUGAAGGGCGAGCAAGGACUGAUAGGAUUACCAGGCUUACCGGGUGAUAAAGGCGAACGGGGACCUUCAGGGAUACCCGGCGAACCGGGUCUGUCGGGUCACGAAGGGAUGCAGGGCGAGGAUGGUCCUCCUGGUCUACCGGGUCUACCUGGUGAAUUGGGUCCGAGAGGAUUUAUUGGACCAAGAGGUUUCCCUGGUCUACCGGGUAAUCCCGGUAUUCCUGGAAACGAAGGACCGCCCGGUUCUAAAGGCAAUGCUGGACCGCCCGGUCCCCCUGGUGCACACGGUCAACCAGGACCUGUAGGUGCUGUGGGACCAUCUGGACUUCAAGGUCUACCAGGACCGACUGGUUUAGUCGGCCCACAAGGAAAGCCUGGAAUUCCUGGUCUUCCGGGUGCUGACGGAUCUCCUGGUCUCCCGGGCAAUCCUGGAAUUCCUGGGAUGAAAGGCGAACAAGGUCUGCCGGGACCGCAAGGAUCAAUAGGCUUUCCGGGUGUGCGGGGUGUGAAGGGCGAUGAAGGAUGGCGUGGUCCGCCGGGUGAACACGGCGAGAAAGGUGAGAGGGGAUUAGAAGGUGAUAAAGGCGAUACUGGUGCGAAAGGAGAGCCUGGAGCAACAGGACCGCAAGGAAUUCCGGGCCUUGAAGGAUUGGAAGGGCCAAAAGGAUUUGAGGGGCCUCGAGGUGAAACUGGUCUUGCUGGUCCGCCUGGAGAGAAGGGGAAAUUAGGUAUACCCGGAUAUGCUGGGUAUCCUGGAAAUGUUGGAGAAAAGGGUGAUAAAGGACAAAUUGGAGCGCAAAGUCCUAGCGGCGAUAAAGGAGAAAGAGGAAGCAAUGGAAUGCAGGGAGAACGUGGUGAAACAGGGCCAAGGGGUUUCAGAGGAACACGUGGUAGAAGAGGUGCGGAAGGAUUACCAGGACCAAAGGGCGAUACUGGUCAGCCAGGAUCUCCUGGUGUGCCAGGCGAGAUUGGCCCUUCCGGUGUUGAAGGUCCACGCGGCUUCGUAGGACCACCUGGUCCACCAGGCCUCGACGGAAAAGAUGGUGUACCAGGACCACCUGGCGAACGUGGUCCAAUUGGAGAAUCCGGGCUUGCAGGACCUUCAGGAACUCCUGGUAUUAUUGGCCCUCAAGGACCAACUGGAGAACCUGGUCAACCGGGCGAACCUGGAGCACUUGGUAGUCCGGGGUUUCCGGGAGAAGUUGGUACACCAGGUGAACAAGGAAAAGAAGGACCACCGGGUCCGCCCGGAUUGACAGGGAUUAAAGGUCCGCCAGGUCCUAGCGGAUUACCAGGAUUUCCGGGCGAAAGAGGAUUGAACGGUCUGCCUGGAAUGCCUGGUUCGAAAGGAGAAAUGGGAUCUAUCGGAGCACUUGGUCUGCCCGGUGAUAAAGGUGCUCAGGGUGAUUCUGGUAAAGACGGCGUACCGGGUCCAGAAGGAAAACAAGGGCCUAAAGGAAAGAGGGGACUUAUCGGACUUAAAGGCGAAAAGGGUGAUCCUGGGUUACCUGGGCCUAUAGGUCGCGACGGUUUACCAGGUCCACGAGGGUUACCUGGUUCAUCGGGACCAGUUGGACUUCCGGGUGAGGAUGGUGAUAAGGGAAACGUAGGUCCACCCGGUGAAAAAGGUUUCAAAGGAUCUCAGGGCGAAAUGGGACUUCUGGGUCCGCAAGGAAUACAAGGACCACGUGGUGAACCUGGUUUAAUUGGUUCUCCUGGAGAGAAAGGACCACCAGGUGAGAUUGGACAGCGAGGAUCAAAAGGUGAAGUUGGUCCAGUCGGAGCAACAGGAUCAGCCGGGCCUAUAGGACCGCAAGGUUUACCGGGUCUGCCAGGUGUAAAAGGUGAAGUUGGAGAUCCUGGAGCAAUUGGUCCUAUGGGGCCACCAGGUACCCCAGGAGAACGGGGUUCAAAAGGACCGAAAGGCCUUAAAGGUGCAGAAGGAUCACCGGGCUUAGAAGGUCGUCAAGGUGAAAAAGGAGACAGUGGAACGGCGGGACCUCCUGGAAAACCAGGAGUGGAGGGCAAACAGGGAGAAAGAGGUCUUCCGGGAGCGAAAGGAGAAGAAGGCAAGGAGGGAAUUGUCGGAUCUCCUGGACCACGAGGAUUAAUUGGCUUUGAUGGACCAAAAGGUGAUAUCGGAUUACCUGGCUUCCCCGGUCCACCAGGAGAACCUGGUCUCAUGGGCGCGAAAGGUGAGCCUGGAAAGGACGGCGAGGAUGGACAAGUAGGCAAUCCCGGCGCACCAGGUGAAGUUGGACCACCCGGCAAGGAAGGAUUAUCAGGUCUUCCUGGAAAACCAGGUCCGGAAGGCCCGGCAGGCCAGCAAGGUAACCCAGGUUUACCAGGAGAUAAAGGAGAUAUAGGUCCGUUCGGAGCACCGGGACCUCAAGGACCUGUUGGAGUCCAAGGAUUAUCUGGUCUGCCCGGUUUGCCAGGAGAAAGAGGUUUGCCAGGAGCGGCCGGGGAAAACGGUCCUCCNGGAAUGCCGGGCGUUGUCGGUGUCCCUGGGAUGAUUGGACCAAUUGGUCCGAAUGGCCCGAAAGGUGACAAAGGUCGUAGAGGUCUUAAAGGACAUCGAGGAGAACCAGGACGCGUUGGUAUCAAGGGCGAGCAAGGAGAGACGGGAGGAAAAGGCGAACGGGGGUUGCCUGGAGCAGAAGGUUCCAAAGGAAAUCUCGGACCUGCGGGUUCAAUUGGCCCCAAAGGGGAACAAGGGCUUUCCGGUUUGCUAGGACCGCCAGGAUGGCCCGGGCCAAAAGGAAACGCGGGGAAUGAUGGAAAGCAAGGUACCCCAGGUCCACCAGGUCCGCCAGGCCCACCAGGACCGCCUAGCCCACCGAUGGAACCCUUCAGCUUUGAUGGAGUGAUAUCACCACCUCAAUCAGCUAGAAAGAAACGCAAUGCUUCAAAAGAUAUAGAUAAAAAGGAAGAUUUGGAUACGAAGUAUUUAGACAUAUACAAAUCUAUUUCCAACAUACGACAAGAAUUAGAUCGAAGGUAUAGACCAACUGGUACUAGAAAUAAUCCGGUAAGGACAUGCAAGGACUUGUUUUACGGACAUCCCCAUUUCAAGGACGAUUGGUAUUGGAUCGAUCCAAAUCUGGGCAUGCCUGACGACGCUAUCUAUGUAUAUUGUAACAUCUCGAACAUGGGUGAGACUUGCGUAUUUCCCGAUAUUCAUAGUAGUCAUAUGCCAAAUAUACCAUGGAAGAAGGAGAACAAUAAAAUUGAUUGGUACUCGCGUUUACGUGGAGGAUUCAGAAUAACGUACGAGACGAUCGGAAUAGUACAAAUGAAAGUCUUGCGUCUGCUCAGUCAAGAGGCUUAUCAAAACUUUACGUAUACGUGCGUUAACAGUAUCGCCUGGUAUAACAGUGACGAUCCGACUCAUGGUUAUGACCUUUCGCUGCGAUUACUCGGCGACAACGAGGACGAAUUCUCGUACAACGUUAUCAGACCCCAGAUAGUCACAGACGGCUGCAAGGAUCGAAAUAAUAAGGCCGAGACCGUGUUUUUAAUUCGCACCAGGAAGCCGCAGCAAUUGCCGCUGGUGGACUUUUUCCCGAUCGAUUAUGGAUUGUCGCGGCAGGCCUUUGGUUUCACGAUCGGGCCGGUGUGUUUCAAGUAAGCACAGUAGUGAAUUGAUUGCAUUCUAAUCUUUUUUGCAGUUAUUAACUUUUUUGGUAUAUAAAUAAGUACAGAAACAUGUUGUGCAUAUACAAUAAUUAUCUCUAGCAUCUAACAACAGAAAUAAAAGCUUAACGUAAUUUGAUAUAAGAAAAUUUUAAGUCUUCCUUCAUAUUUUCAUUUUUAUAGAGAGAUUCUACAAGACAAUAAAAUCAAUAACCUUUUUCAUCAUUUUAUAUCAUUUUAUAAACUAAUUCUUUGCUUUAAUGAUGACUUUUUAUUAUAAUAUACUAACGAUUUUUACUUAUUUUUAUAGAACAAUAGCGAUAAAAAACGAAGAGAUAAUUACUUUUUAAUAAUUCUUUUCACACUCACACACACACACACACAUUUCGUAUUUUAUAAAAAUAUUUUAUUUUAUUGUAAUUUUUUGUCUUGCGUUUCAGAAAAAUUGUUGAUUUAUAUUUUAAUGUCAUUAUAACAAAUCACAUUAGGAUUUUAACUUUUGUUAGAUUCUGAAGAACAUUUUACUGCAUUUUAUAAAUUUUUUCUCUGUACGUAUUUAUACCACAAAACUAAAAAAGCGUCAAUUGUUUUUUUUUACGUUUUAUUUUGUAAAACAAACGCAUAUAUAUUAUAAUAUAUCGUAAUAUUAGCACAAAAAAAGAUGUAAAAUGUGAGAACUUAAAUUCUGGAAUUGUUAAUUGAUUAUAUUAGUAUAUAAAAGAUACAAUUUAGAGCAUGAAGUUCGAUAUACAUUUAGUAAAUAAGUCAUAUCAUGUAUUUGUAACACAAUUAAAAAUUUCAUAGCAUAUGUAAUAGGUUUUAACACUUUUUGUAUAAUGCAGGCCGACUUUUAAUAUUUUUAUAAAUAAAUAAUAUAUUAAUUUGUAUAAACAUAUUUAAUAUAUUUCUAAAUAAAACCCCUCGUAUAUUA